UCGUAAAUAAAAAAGACCAUGUGAAAAUAUGCUAGCAUACAGAGCAAAUAAUGACAAUACCUACUUCUAAGACAUAAAUAUUAUAUUUUCAUGGCGGACGUAAAUCAAAUCGAGGGUUCACCCCAAAUUCACGCCAUUUGGGAUUCUUUAGACAAGGUCAAUGGAGAAGGAGUUGCAACAUCAACUCCAAACAGUUCCACUGUCGGGACACGCCCUCCUCGCAGAAAAAGUAGAAGAUCUUGGUUUGACAAGCCUUCCUCGAAGUAUGAAAUCGCAGUUGAAAAGAAAAGACGCUCUAAGUGUCGCAAAAGUGAAGUAGAAGAAGAAAUCUUGAUGCUGACACAUUUCACAAAUCCUCCCAAAAUCAGCUUUGGAACUCUCAAACCAGGACAAAACAAAAGCAGAACUCUAAUAAUCAGAAACCCACAUGACUAUGAUCAAACUGUUAAGGUUGAAAAGUUUCCACACAAGAAAAAUUUUUCAGUUCAAACUGUUGAAUUUACUAUACUUGCAAAGGAAACAUUUCCAUUUGAAAUAACGUGGGAACCAGAAGAUGAAGGCAAUUUCAGAGAAAUGAUUUUAUUUGUGGUAGACAAUUCAUACAGACUUCAAGGAUUUGUCUUUGGCACUGUAGAAGCACCAAAGAAGAAAGUCACAAAAAGAAAAGGUCUCCUUGGUUCAAAAGUACAGAAGCCCUUUUCUAUUAUUCACACACAGAGUUUAGCAAACAUUAAAAAGUCAUAUAGUCCACAAAAAGGGGAAAAAAAGAGAAGUAGUGAACAAGUUCAGCAAAAAUCCAAUAUUGAAAAUGAACCUCCAAGCGAGAUAAAUUUACCAGACGAAGCUGUUGAAAUUGGUCAACAUGGUCAAGAAAAAGAUGUUGAAAGUAAGAGGCGCAACAGUCAUCGGAGGUCAAGUACAUAUGUGAAAAUGCCAGAUUUAGGGAUGUCACCAAUAGGAUUACCGCCUGGAACAGGGAAAAAAACUGAUAGUAAUGAUAUUUUACACAGUACUGUUCGGUCUGAUAUUGAGAGUCAUAGGUCUCCACAAGAAGGCUUAGACCUUGAGGAACAUAGAUUUAUUAGCCUUACACCUCAAACUCCUGAAAACCAGAAGCUUGGUAGUAAUGAAACACAAGGUUUUAUAUCACCAAAUAGUUUUUUGCAAGAUUCAUUGUGUCAAAAUACAGACAAUGCUGUAAGCAAACAACAAAAAGACAGUAUCCCAGAAAAUAGAGAAAAUCAUAAAGCACAUGAAAUUAAGAAUGCAAAUCAAAAUCAAAAAACUUUUUUAAGUCCAGACACCUUUUUAAAAGAUUUGAAUACUACUUUAGAUGGUGAUAAAAAAGAAGAGUAUGCUGCCAACAAUAUUCCAAGUCCUGAUACAGUUCUGAAUAAGUCCAUACCUCAUGACAUAUUAGUUAGGCAACUUGAUUCAGUGAAGACAAAACUACAGAAGAAUCAAGUAUUGAAAGAAAGAAAAAGUACUACAAAUUGUAUUUCAAGAAAACCUUUAAAAUCUGCAGAACCUAACAAUUUAAGGCGUGAAACUUACACAAAAUCUUCAACUGGCAUAUGUAGCCAUGGCCAACAGUCAAAAACUAUCAACCACACAAACAGUUGUCGGAGAGAAACAUUUUUCAAAACAGACAAGAAAUCAAACCCAUUUGUUGAAGUUCCAAGUACGUGUACCUCAAGUCCACGACGAACAACAUUUACAGUAAAAGGGGAAAACAAACCUAUAAACAGUAAAAGGAGAUUUGCAAAGCCAACAACAAAAUUAGACAAAAUGUCAAAACAAAAUGGACACUUCCACAUCGAAAAGGAUAUUUUUACCACUGAAACAAUAGUUCAGGGUGAAGUAGAAACUGUCUCAACUACAAAAAUCACAGAAGUUGUUGAUACAUAUACACAUACUAUUAUUGAUAAACAGGUAAUUCCUACACCUGAAAGAUCAAUUUCAUUGAAGGAACAUCACACAACUACAAAAACUGAAGUCUCAAAAACAGUAGAUUCUAGUACUGUUGUAAAAAACAGAACAUUACCUACACCAGAAAGAUCAUUGUGUGGAAAACAACUGUUUUCACCACAUACUGGACACAGUGUUUAUAGUAGCAGUUCUAACAAUGGUGAUGUUUCAAUAGGUUCUCCAAGGCGUCUGCCAGAUAGUCCUUUAGCAGCUGUAAUCAGUAAAAGAUCCUCUAUGACUGUGACCAAGGAAAAACCCUCAGAGGCUCUCAUGGAGCAGACAGAAAGAAGAUUGUCAACUUGUCUUUUUGGACAGGAUGGUGAAAAAGAUGGGUCAGGAAAUAUGGAUGAGGAUUCUUUAGAAAAGAAAAGCAUUAGAAAAUGUGAAAUUUCUGUCAUUGAGGAAGAGAAUGAAAACUUGUCAAACCCUUUAUUGAGUAAAAUAUCUUUUAAACAAAAUUACAAUAUUGAACUUGAUACACCAAUGCAGGAAACAAGAUUGACUAAACAGAAGUACAAUGUUGACCUCGAUACACCAAUGAGAGAAGCAGGAUUGACUUACCAGAAUUACAAUGUUGAAUUGGAUACACCAAUGAGGGAAGCAGGAUUGACUUACCAGAAUUACAAUGUUGAAUUGGAUACACCAAUUAGGGAAGCAGGAUUGACUAACCAGAAUUACAAUGUUGAAUUGGAUACACCAAUGCGGGAAGCAGGAUUGACUAACCAGAAUCAUAAUGUUGAAUUGGAUACACCAAUGCGGGAAGCAAGAUUGACUAACCAGAAUUACAAUGUUGAACUGGAUACACCAAUGAGGGAAGCAGGAUUGACUAACCAGAAUCAUAAUGUUGAACUGGAUACACCAAUGAGGGAAGCAGGAUUGACUAACCAGAAUUACAUUUUUGAACUAGAUACACCAAUGCGGGAAACAGGAUUUACUAAGGAUGUUUGCAAAAUUUUUAUUGAUGAUUUAGGAACCCAUCAUGCCCAUGACACACAACUGAAAAACACACAAUGUACAUCAAAUGGAAAUGGGAUCAGUGACGAUAUGUGUUCCCCAUUAAAACCUAAAGAAUCUUCUGAGAUCGACAUGUCAAUGAAAACUUAUGAGUCUUUUGAAUUGAAAGGAGAAAAGCAUAUUGAAGCUGCACUAACAACCAAUUUUGAUUUUUGUGAAAAAAGGUCACAAGAGCAUUGUGGGAAAGAUUUAGAUCUUGACCUUCCAAUAAAGCAUCUAGCUGAAAACAAGAGAGAAAUUGAAAAUGCAGAACAAUAUACAGAGACCACAGUUAAGCGAAGAUCAUUUUGGGAAAAACCAUGCGAUCUCAGUAUUACCUUUGAAAAUUUAGACACUUCAAUGAAGGAGGUUUAUAACAAUAUGGAUAUGGAAGAGAGGAAAAAACAUAGACGGUCAUUUUGGGAAAAACUGGAUGAAUCAAAGUUGACCCCUGUAAUAUUAAAAGGAAUAAAUAAUUCUGGAAAUGUAAGUGAUCAUGAUGAAUUAACAAGUCCUAUACAUGAAAAUAUUCAGAAAAACACAUCUUCUGUUGAACAUAGUGAUCAAGAAUCAGAUCAGAUGGGUUCUGUUGAGAAAAAUAGCAGUUUUCCUACAACGCCGUACCAUUUAUUGCCAAAGACACCAAAUCCUGAUAAUUCCAGACGAUCAACACAUGUUGUUGAAAAGCCCAAAAUUUUCAAAUUAAAUGAAGUUCAGAAGAAAAAACUGUUUGAUGAUGAGUCAGAUAAUAGAAGAGAUAAAGUCGCGAUAAAUAUCUGUUGUGAUGAAAAUAUUGUCACAAGCAGCUCUAUUGUUCCUUUAGAAAAUCAUAACAAGGAACACAAAGGAGAACAGAGAAAGGAAGAUGUAUUCAAUGAAGAAAUCAUAAAAGAAACAGCAACAUUGGAAAACAAAUUCUUUAACAACAACCUUAAUAAUCCUCAAGACAGAAACAGUUCCAUGAAAGACUCAAGUAUCAAUCCAUCUGUAAAUGUCAAUGAAAACAAAAAUCCUAAUGGCCUAUUCUUUAUCUCUUGUUCUUCAACAAAACCAGUUGAUAAACAAAUAAAAUCUACUGUGACAAAAUCCAUAUCGAGGAAGCAGCCAAAUAAACCUGUCACCACCAUUCAGAAGAAAGUUAGUCCUAAGCGUCCACUGAGUCAAGCAAGAAUGUCUGAAAAUAAAAGGCGUAAAACUAAUGAAACUAUUCAGCAAAAUGAUGAGAUCAGAAAUAACAAAAAGACAGACAGAACUAAACAAAGUACUGUCAACAGACCACCAUCACAAAAAGGAAGUUCAGCUGUCCAGGGUAGAGUCAAAGCCCCUGCCAAGGGUGUAGCUCAGUCAAAGUUACUUUUGAUGAAGAAAACUAAAACAGCUUUGCCAAAACACCCAUUACCCUUUGCUGCCAAGAAUAUGUACUAUGAUGAAAGAUGGAUGCAAAAACAAGAAAGAGGAUUCGUUCAUUGGCUGAACUUUGUACUGACUCCACCAGAUGAAUAUCAACAGACUACAAAGGUCAGAGUGGAUGCUGGUAGUUUAUGUGUAGAUAACAAUAGAAACAAUGUCAAGCUGGCUCCUUCACGUGAAGUUCUGUCAUUCAGAGCAUAUUCUCAACAUAGACGAUUGAACCAGCUUAGGAGAGCAGCAUGUAAACUGUUCCAGUCACAAGAAGUUGUCCAUGUUGUUCAAAAAGUAGAAGUUGAAGUAGAGAGCGAUAGAUUGUACAUUAGGAAAGACCGCAAAGUUCAUGCUGAUCUUGGUUUAAAGCAAGCCAUUUUAGAUAUGUUGUUAUCAUUCAAUCCUCUAUGGUUAAGGAUUGGUUUGGAGACAACAUUUGGUGAAGUUAUAAUGAUACAGAACAAUGGAGACGUGAUUGGAUUGUCACGUUUCAUUAUUACAAGGGUUUUAAGUAAUCCUGAUAUUGCCUGUGAAUUUUCUCAUCCGUCAGUACCACAUCUGUAUAAUCAUGGGUAUGCCGAAGCCAUCUCCAGACACUUGCUGAAGAAGUUUUUGAUUUUGGUAUACUUCUUGGAUCAUGCAAAAUCAAAAAGACUGGUACCCCAAGAUCCAUGUCUCUUCUGCAAAGAUGCUGAAUAUAAGACAUGUAAAACUAUGCUGAUAGAAUUUUCAAGAGAUUAUUUGGCAGGAGAAGGUGAUAUCUCCCGCCAUCUUGGUUACCUUGGUUACCAAAUCAAACACACUCAAACAGCAAUGGAUGAAUUUGAUUAUGCUGUUUCAAACCUAGCAACAGAUCUCAAAGAUGGAAUAAGAUUAGCGCGUGUUAUGGAGAUUCUAAGUGAAGAUCAUACUCUUACAAAGAAACUAAGAGCCCCAGCCAUAAGUCGUCUACAGAAAAUACACAACAUGGAUGUAGUGUUCCAAAUCUUAGCCAAACAAGGAGUGAAUGUGGACCUGAAUGGUACAAAGGUGACAUGUAGAGAUGUAGUGGAUGGUCACAGAGAAAAGACAUUGAAACUAUUAUGGUGUCUUAUUGUACAGUAUCAGGUAAGCUUGUUGUUGAACAAAGAGCAGCUUAAAGAAGAGAUCAGGAUUCUGGAAAGGAGUCUGAUGGUAAGAAAUCAGCUGGCUGCCCUACAGAGAUAUGAAGAAUUUCUCAGUCUGAAGAAAAGAGAUUCUAUAGACCCAGAUCUAUUCUCACAGAAUGAGUUAGUACAGUUGCUGUUGAAGUGGUGCAGAGUUGUCAGUGCAUACUAUGGAAUUCAGGUUGAAAACUUCACUGUAUCCUUUGGAGAUGGGCGUGUGUUAUGUCACCUGAUACACCACUAUCAUCCAUCACUCUUGCCAAGGGAGAUAAUCAAGUUACAAACCAUGAUGACUCUGACUGAAGAGACAGACCAGACAAAUGACCAGAACAAUAGUCUGUCUGAUAGCUUUAAUCAACCACCAUUUACAGUUAAAGAAGAUGAUGCAUUGUUUGAACAGUUGUUAGCUAAUGAAAAAGAAAAUUUCAAAACUUUGUAUGAAAAGGUAUCAGAAUUAGGAGGUAUUCCUCUGAUGUUAAGAUCAGCAGACAUGUCUAACACAAUUCCAGAUGAGAAAGUUGUUGUAACAUAUGUCACCUACUUGUGUGCCAGAUUGCUAGAUAUACGACAUGAGUCUAGAGCUGCCAGAGUUAUUCAGUUAGCAUGGAGAAGACAUCACUUAAAGAAAGUCAAGAAAGAAUUUGUGAUAAAACAGAAAGCAGCAACAGUUGUACAGAGAGCAGUGAGAUGUUUCCUUCACAAGAGAAGACAAGCAAGACAGGAAACAGCAUCUGUUAUUAUACAAACAGCAUGGAGAGGAUAUAGGGCCAAGAAACUAUUGAAUCACCUCAAAUGGAAGAGAGACAAUGAAAAGAAAAUUAAAGCUGCAACAGUUAUUCAGAGAUACAUGUUAGCACGACGAGAUAGAUCACAGUUCAAGCUUAAAGUCAAAGCUGCAAUAACUAUCCAGUCUACUGUUAGAUCUUAUUUACAGCAACAGAGAUACCAUAACAUCAUCAAAUCAAUCAGAACCAUCCAAUCAAAAUAUAGAGCUUACAAACUGAAACAGAAAUGUAGGUCAGAAUAUGUUGAGAAAAAGAUGGCUGCAAUCACCAUUCAAUCUACCAUCAGGAUGUUAACUGCUAGGAAAAUCAUCAAAAGAGAGAAGGCUGCAUUGAAGAUCCAAACAACUUGGAGAAUGUACACUUCCAAAAAAGUAUUUAAGAAAUCUUUUUUUUCUGUAGUUAAAAUACAAACCUAUUACAGGAUGGUUUGUCAAAUAAGAAAAUUUACACAGUUGAAAAAGUCAGCUGUUACAAUACAGAGAUACUUCUCAGCGCAUUUACUAAUGAGAAAAGACAGAGAGAUUUAUCAAAAACAACUCCAAAGUUGUCUCAAAAUCCAAAGAUGGUGGAAAUCAUUGAUUGAAUUGAAAAAAGCAAAACAGAUUGAAGCUGCCAUAAAGAUACAGGCAACUUUUAGAAGCUUUGUCCAGAAAAAGCUUUAUGUGAAAACAAGAAGACAUGUUAUCAGACUGCAGGCAUCAGCAAGGAGAUGUUUAGCCUUCAAUCAAUACAAGAAACAGAAGCAAGCAGUAUUGAAAAUCCAGGAAUGGUACAGAAGACAUUUAUUAUUACUUAAAUGUCAAAAGGAAUUUAAACAGCAGAAACAAUCUGUUGUUUAUCUACAAGCUUGUAUCAGGAGAUGGAGAUGCAUGAAGGAAUAUCAAAAUAUAAAAACAUCAGUCAUCAAAAUCCAAUCCUCUGUGAGGACCUUCUUAGCUGUGACUAGUUUUGACAAAAAGAAGAAAGCUGUAGCAAUUAUUGUGAAGUAUUACCAUGCAUGGUCAGUUAUGAAAAUAGAGAAGAGAAAAUAUAACAAUAUUAAAAAAGCUUGUGUUGUAAUUCAGUCAUACUGGAGAGGCAGACAAGUUAGACAGACAUUUGUGGAAAUGAACAAGGCAGCCAUUGUCAUACAGGCUAAGUUUAGAGGCCAAAUAGCAAGGGAUUACUACCUUUGCUUGAAAGAAUUAGUCAUAGUUUGUCAGAGAAGGUGGAGAACUAAGUUGCAGGAAAGAAAGGAAAGAGAAGAGAUAAUCCGACUCACAAAGGCUGCCACUGUUAUACAGACCAUAUUUAGAGGCUUUUUAGAAAAACAGAAGUACAGGAGAUCCAAGCUCAGCAUUGUAAAACUUCAAUCAAACAUAAGAGGGUACCAGCAGAGAAGAAGAUUUGUUCAGUUAAAAUAUUCUACCUUGUUAUUGCAGAAACAUUACCGUGCAUUCAAAGAAUGUCAAAAUGUUCGUACAAUGUAUUUAGUGAAGAAAGGAGCAGCAAUUACAAUUCAAGGCUACUUUAGAGGAUUCAUGACCAGGAGAGUGUUGUUCAAAGAACACAAAGCUGCAACAGUGAUCCAGUCAGCAUACAGGAGAUAUGUUAUCCAUUACCAAUUCAGUCACUUGAAACAGGCCACACUUACUGUUCAAAGAAUAUACAGAGCUCAUGUAUUAGGGUCACACACCAGGACAGAAUUUCUUAUAAAGAAGGGAGCUGUAAUGACACUACAGGCAGCAUAUAAAGGAUGGAAGGUUAGAAAAGGGAUAGAACAGCAACAUCAAUAUGCUAAAAAAAUUCAGAGUGCCUUCAGAGGAUAUAUACAGCAUAAGAACUAUCAAAGAUUGAAAACAACAGCAGUCCUUUGCCAGAAAGUGUACAGGGCACAUGUGCUAGGUUUAUAUGCAAGAAAAGAAUUUAUUAUUUUGAAGAAUGGAGCCAUUACUAUCCAAGCCUUCUUUAGAGGAUUCAUGGUGAGAAAGAUGUUGAAGAAAUUAAAUAUUUCAGCUACAAAGAUACAAUCUAUAUACAGAAGUUUCAAACAGAAACAGAGUUAUCUAUAUAUGAGGAAAGCUACUAAAACAUGUCAAGCUUUAUACAGGGCCAAAAUAACUGGAAUGAAAGAGCGACACAAAUACCUCACGAUCAAGAUAUCAGCUCUAAUUAUACAAAGAUAUUACAGAUUGUACAAAAUCAGAAAAGAGGAACAAGUAAGAUAUCAAGCAGCAUUGAAAAUUCAGACCUGCUACAGAUCGUACAGAGGUAGAACACAAUAUUUGAAGUUGAAACAGAAUGUAAUAAAGUGUCAGCAAUUAUAUCUUAAUAAAAUGAAGGGAAGAUUUUGUAGGAGGCAAUAUUUGUGCACCAGAUCUGCCAUAGUAACAAUCCAGUCAAUUAUUAGAGGUUGGAAGGUCAGAAGAGUGUUGUUCAGACAACACAAAGCUGCAACAGUGAUCCAAUCAGCAUACAGGAGAUAUGUUCUCCAUAACAAAUUCAGUCACUUGAAACAGGUCACAAUUACUGUUCAAAGAAUAUAUAGAGCUCAUGUGUUAGGGUCAUACACCAGGACAGAAUUUCUUAUAAAGAAGGGAGCUGUAAUGACACUACAGGCAGCAUAUAAAGGAUGGAAGGUUAGAAAAGGGAUAGAACAGCAACACCAGUAUGCAAAAAAAAUUCAGAGUGCCUUCAGAGGAUAUGUACAACACAAUAACUACAGAAGAUUGAAAAAUGCAGCAGUCAUUUGCCAGAAAGUGUACAGGGCACAUGUGCUAGGUUCAUAUACAAGAAAAGAAUUUAUUAAGUUGAAGAAUGCAAUCAUUACAAUUCAAGCAAGAUACAGAGGUUUGAAGGUCAGACAUGAAAUGAAAAUGAAAAAUGAAGCUGCUACAAAAAUUCAGUCGAUGUAUAGAGGAUAUGUUCAAUAUGGACAAUUUACAUGCUUGAAAGAGGUUGUCCUCUCUUGUCAGAAAAUAUACAGGAAUCGUAUCAUAGGAGCGAGAAUGAGAAAAUCAUUUCUACUUACAAAAGGAGCUAUAAUUACAUUACAAGCUUUUAUUAGAGGAUGGAAGGUCAGAAGAAUUGUGAGGAGACAGUUUGAAGCAGCAGUAGUGGUUCAGUCUGCUUUUAGGAGACAUAUUGAACAUAAAAAAUUCACAAAAUUGAAGAAAGCAACUGUUGCAUGUCAAAAGAUGUAUAGAGCUAACAUUCUAUCUAAACAGAUUAGACGACAGUUUUUAAUACAAAAAGGAGCAGCAUUGAUUAUUGAGGACUGGUACUGUGCUUGUUUACAAAGGCGUAAAGAAAAGCAAAGACACAGAGGAGCUACUGUGAUUCAAAGAGUUUACAGAGGAUAUAAAUUAAGACAUCAGUACAGAAAAUUAAAGGAUGCAGCAGUGAUAAUUCAGAGACAUUACAAGAACUACAGAACUACAAAACUAAUGAUGAAUCAGUAUUUAGCCAUGCAGGUAGCUUCUGUUAUUAUACAGAAGUACUGUAGGGGUUAUCAGGCUAGGAAAAGGUAUGCUAAGGACAUUAAACAUGUAAUUAGAAUUCAGAGUGUCAUGAAAAGUUAUCUGCAACGAAAAAGUUUCAUUAAAUUGAAGUCUGCAGCUUCAAUUUGUCAGAAAAGAUUUAGAGCUGCCUUGUAUGGCUAUAAGCAACGAUUGGCUUUCUUGAAGGUUAGGUCAGCUGCAGUUUUAUUACAGUCACAUGUGAGAAGAUGGCGAGCACAGAGGACUUACAAAACACAAUUAUCUCACAUUGUGACAGUUCAGAAAUGUUUUAGAGGAUAUUUAGCUCACAAAAACUUCCAGUUAGUGAAGAAAGCAGUGUAUAUAAUUCAGACUAGAUGGCGUGCUGUGAUGGAAAUGCAUAAAAUUCAAACAGUUUAUUUAACUAAGAAGGGUGCAGCUAUCACAAUUCAGUCUAGUUGGAAAGCGUAUUUGGCUAAAAAGGAAUACAAAAGAUUGUGUUGUUUAACUAUUAAAUUACAAGCUCUUGUGCGUAGCAGACAACAAAGACUGAAGUACAUGGAUCUGAAAUUGUCUGCUAUUACAAUUCAAAGACAUGUAAGAGCCUGCUUGACUGGCAAACACAUUAGAAUGGAGUAUAUCAAAACAAAAGAGACAGUUGUCAAAUUGCAAGCAUUUGUCAGGGGAAAUCAAGCAAGAAUGUUGCUCAAGAGAAUGAUAGCCUGUAUCACAAUUCAGUCCCAAUACAAACGAUAUAUAUGUGCCAAGAAUUACCAAAGAAUAAAAAGAGCUGUGAUAACAAUUCAGUCCCAGUUCAGAGGUAUGUUGGAGAGGAGAAAUUUUCAGAAGAAAGUGGAAGCUGUAGUCAAAAUACAGAAAUGUGUGAAGAGGAGAUCCUUUGCAAACCGGGUAAAAAAUUAUUUAGAGGAAAGAAGAAAAAGUGCCAUACUGAUACAAGCCUGGUAUAGAGGCUACCAGGACAGGAAAACUGUUCACAGGCUUAAAGCUGUUAUAAAGAUACAGGCUGUGGCUAGAAUGAAACUUCAGAGACUAAAGUAUAAAACUCACAUUACAAAUGUUAUUGUUGUUCAGAGCUGUGUUAGAAGAUAUUUAGUUCAAAAGGAAACAGGAAAAUUAAGGAAAGAAAUUAGGGCUGUCACUUGUAUACAGAAAGCUUAUAGGAAGUUCAAAGAAAGACAAAACAUGAAGUUACAGAAAAGAGCUAGACAAGCAUAUGUAAAGAAAUUUACCAAAAUGAUAUGGGUGAACUUAGCUGCUAUUACAAUACAAAGAUUUUACAGAAAGUCCAAACUGAUACAGCAAGCUAAAGAAAAACUCAGCAAGAUUAUCAUCAUACAGAGAUGGAUAAAGGGGAGACUUUGCAGACUGAGGUAUUUGAAGCUCCAGAGGUCUAUAGUUCUCCUACAGAGGAAAGCCAGGCUUCUUUUGAAGACAAGACAGGAGGCUGCAGUAAAGAUACAGACAGCUGUCAGGAAAUGGCUUCAAAUCAGGAAACAGAAACAUAAAAUAAAAGCCAUCGUGAAGAUACAGGCAAUUUGGAGAGGUGAACAAGUAAGAAGGAAAAGUAUUGGACAAAAGAUAGAAAAGAUUCGGAAGAGAGUUGAAAAAGCCAAUAGAUCUGCCACUGAAGAAAACAAACUUGGAAACAGAAUGGCAUCAGCUUUAGAUUACCUACUAAGAUACAAACAGUUAUCUCAUAUCCUAGAAGUUCUUAUACAUUUAGAUGUGGCCACACGUUUAUCAGCAGCAUGUUGUGAGAAGUUUGUGUCUGUCAAUGCUGUACAUGUGAUCUAUCGACUCAUGAGAGGAUGUAAUAGAAGUCAACCUCAUAUGGAACUUAUCAAAUACUCUGUCAGCAUACUACUGAACUUAGCCAAGUAUGAGAAGACAGUGUAUGAAGUUUACAAUGUGGAUGGCUCUGUAGAUACAUUGAUAGAACUGAUGCAGAUCUACAGGGAGAAAGGAGCCAUCUUUAAUUCUACCUGUAUGUUGCUUGGCAUUCUGGGAAUGUUGGACAAAUGUAGAAGGGAGAUUCACCAAGACAAGAAACUAUCUGAGAAAAUCAGGAGCAUUCACUUACUGACAGCACGAAAACACAAGAUAGAUGAGAGUAGACAAUUACGACAAGCUAGACUAUUGGCAGCUAAAAGUUUUAAUUGUUCACUACCUAUACAUCAUAAAAAACAACACAAGAUUAAACCAGACUGGGUUCUCAGGAAAGAUAAGAUGAAAGAAAUACAAGACCCGUUGUCUGCCGUCAGCUUUGUUAUGGAUUCUUUUCAAUUGAAAUCAAAAUAAUGUAUUCUGGUCAUCAUAUAAUGUAAAUGUUCUGUCUUUCCUAAAUCUCUCUGUCAUCUUCUGCUUUGUUAGCACUUUAUUGUGUAUUAUUACCAUUUGUUGUACAUGUAUAAUCAAUCAAUCUUCAUACAAUUAUUGCAUAUUGAAAUGUAAAACUUUAUAGCAAUGACUGAUAUUCAUGAUCAUCUUAUAGCUUGUUGAUUUUAGUUUUUGUGAAGUAUUUUAGUUUAGUUUUUUUAACUGCAGUAAUCUUUAUGUUUUGGAAUAUUGUAUGAGAAGUAUAAGUUUGCUAAUUGUUUCUGUGUAUUAAUGAUGUUUGUUGAGCUUACAAUUAACACAUACAUUAAUUUUGGAAAUAAAAUAAUUUCUGAGAACUUUUUCAUACAAAAUGUGAGUAGCAGAUAACCUAAAGUGCCUCCUUGCAUAUAUACAUUCUUGUAGGAAUUAAUUUACUAUAUAGUAUUAGUUUUGCUCAUUGUUGAAGGAUGUACAGUCUCCUGUUAUUGCUCUGGUCUUUAAUGGAUAGUUGUCUCAUUGGCAAUCAUACCACAUCUCCUCAUUAUUUAAUGAAGUUGUUUGUUUUGAUUAUUAUUUUUAUCUGUGAAUUUCUUAUUGUUGGUGAGAGGAUGUAAAAUGAAAAUUUUAGUUAGAUUAAUCAUGCCAAACAAUUGUUAUAGUUUAAAGCAAACCUACUUAAGAUUCGGGCAGUGGUGUAAAAGGGGGGGGGGGGGGGAAGGUGCUAUUAAAGGAGGAGGUAUGAUAAGAGUUAUUAUUUGGCCCUGGAAAUUGAAAAAAAAAUAGUAAUUGCAUAAAAAUAGUAAUUCAAGCCUUUGAAAAUUGUGUUAAUUUUAUUGAUAAAUGACCAAGUUGUUUUGAUCUGAAACUUAGCUAGGUGCAUAAAUGUCACUUGUGAUGUCAGUAUGAUGUCAUAAACAUGUCGAAGUUUACUUAUUUGAUCUAGAAUGGCCAUUUUAUGCAUUAUAUUUUUGUCAAAAUAUAUAUGAGGAAGAAGCAUUACCAAAAAGAUAUUUUAUACUCAUUGAUAUCUUUGUAAAAUACAUUUUGUAGCAAAAUAUCUUUUUGGGUUAAGCUCUUGCUUAUAUCUCACUAUUAAUGACAUGAUCUCAAAAUGAGGCAAUUUUGGCAGUUUUUUUAUGUUUAGUAAUAAAUGUAAGAAGUUUGAAGCCCUAGUACCAAUAUGCAAAAUUAUAAAUACAAAUUUGAGCCAGACAAAUGUCUUAUGAAAGGGACCAUAAAAGGUCAGCCAGACAAAUGUCUUAUGAAGGGGCCAAAAAGUGGCCUUAUUAUACUGAAUUGAAUCCACAAUGACAAAAAUUACAUUCAUUUCUUAAUCUUUAGCUGAAAAUAUAAAUCAUAUUGGAUACCCAGUAGAAUAAAUGAUUCAGUAAUAUCAUUCAAAAAUCUGACAACUGGAGAUAAAAACCAUUAGGAAUGUUAACCAAUAGACAAAUAGAGAUAAUCAGUAAUAUAAUCAUUCACAAAUCUGACGAGAUAAAAACCAUUAGAAAUGUUAACCAAUAGACAAAGGGAGAUAAUCAGUAAUGUCAUCAUUCACAAAUCUGAUAACUGGAGAUAAAAACCAUUAGGAAUGUAAACCAAUAGACAAAGGGAGAUAAUCAGUAAUGUCAUCAUUCACAAAUCUGACAACUGGAGAUAAAUAAACCAUAAGUAAUGUAAAGCAAUAAACAAAGGGAGAUAAUUCAGUAAUAUCCUUCAAUAAUCUGUCAACUGGAGAUAAAUAAAUCAUAAGGAAUGUAAAUCAAUA